UAAGUAAUAAGUCAAAAAAAUAAGUUGAUGAGAACACCAUCUUAGUCGAUGUCCCAUAAUAGAUAGUAUAUCUACUAAUUCCAUAGAACCAUAAUAAUCACAAAGAAUUCCUAGCUAGUUACUACUUACUAGUAUGAUAAAGAUAAACAUGUUUGAAUAUUUCAUCCUCAAAAUAUGCUUAAUCCUUCAUUUUCAAACUGCAAUUUCAUUAAAUAUUGUGAAAACCAUUCCUGGGUAUCCUGGAAAUCUUCCCUUCUACCUUGAAACAGGAUAUGUUGGAGUAGGAGAGGAAGAAGAAGUUGAGUUGUUCUACUACUUCACUAAGUCAGAGAGAAAUCCAGAAGAAGAUCCACUUAUGAUUUGGCUCACUGGUGGCCCUGGUUGCUCUGCUUUUUCGGGUCUUGUUCUUGAAAUUGGUCCUUUGAUUUUCAAUACAUCUGCCUGCAAUUGGCACUCAAAAUCGCCAACUUAUCAGACAAAUCCAUUUUCUUGGACCAAGGUAGCUAGCAUUAUAUUUCUUGAUUCACCUGUUGGCACCGGAUUCUCUUAUGCAACAACUCCAGAAGGUUAUUACAGUGAUGACGUUACAUCAUCAAGGCAUAUUCACCAGUUUUUGAGAAAGUGGUUCAUUGACCAUGCUGGUUUUCUUAAUAAUCCUCUGUACAUAUCUGGGGAUUCCUAUUCUGGCAAGAUUGUUCCUAUUGUGGUGCAAACAAUUUCUAAUGGAAACAAAAUUGGAUUACAACCUAUAAUGAACCUCCAGGGAUAUGUCCUUGGAAAUCCAUUUACUGUGAGAGAGGAUUUGAAGAAAUCUGCAUAUAGAUAUGCUCGCCGUGUCUCUCUCUUAUCUGAUGAGCUCUAUGAGUCAACCAAGAUAAGCUGCAAUGGUUCUUAUGAGGAUGUGGAUGUGCUUAAUGUACAAUGCAUACAUAAUCUUGAAGCUGUAUCAUCUAAUCUGGAUCUUUUGUUUAAUGCUCAUGUCUUAAAACCCAAAUGCAUCUCCGAUCAAACGUGGUGCCAGGAGAGCAUCUAUCAGCUCUUGUACUAUUGGGCUAAUGAUGUACAAGUUCAAGAUUCUCUUCACAUUCGAAAGGAUACCAAACCGUAUUGGAUCAGAUGUAAUAAAACUUUAGCAUAUGAACAAAAUGUUGAAAGCACCUUUGAUUACCAUCAAAAUCUUACACAAGAUUUCAUCAAUGCACUGAUUUACAGUGGUGACCAAGACAUGAAGAUAUCAUAUAUUGGCACGUUAGAAUGGAUCGAGAUGCUAAAUAUCUCAAUUACUGAAAAUUGGAGGCCAUGGUUUGUGAAUGGUGAAGUUGCUGGGUAUACCACAAAAUUCUCAAAUGACCGUUAUCAUCUAACAUUUGCCACUGUAAAGGGAGCAGGACACACUGCUCCAGAGUAUAAGCGCAUUGAAAGCUUGACGAUGCUCAAGAAAUGGUUUGCCAAGGAAGCUCUCUAGUAUGGGACUAUCGGAAAAAAAGGGACCUCACAUCUUUAUACUUCUUCUGGUUUUUAAUAGUUUCUACAUUUUUGUUUUUCACGUUAUCCAAUAUGCAAUUUCUAAUCUUAAUAUAUGUAAUUGCAUAUGAUAAAAAUUCUAAAAAGUUAAUAUUAUGAAAAUAUUCAUUUAGAUUAAUCAAACAAGAUCUCAUUUGACCAUAUUUUACAUUAAACACACAGAAAUAUAUGCCAAAUAGAUCAAUUAAUGAGCAAUAGUUGCUACAAUGACUGUAUCCACUAUUAGAAACCGAAGAUAGUAUUUGUUAAUCAGAAAUGAGUCUUGUAUUUGUAUGUUAGCAGAUUCCCACAUAGAGGAAGUAAAAUGAGAAAGAUUGAAAAAAAUAAGAUAAAUAAAUAAUUUAAUUCCGAAUAUAAGAUUCGGGAAAACUUAUGUCCCAAAAUAAGCUUCCGUACAUCCAAGCUUAGCCUCAGGUAAGUCGCUGUUAGUAACAGCGAAUGAGGAGAAAAAAAAAAUAAAUAAAUAAAAGGCCCUAAGUCGCUGUUACUAACAGCGACUUAAAAAAAAAAAAAAAAAAAAAUUAUUUUUUAAUUUUAUUAGUAUUGAACUUGAAGUCACUGUAUUUUUUUGUUUUUGGAGCAGCUCGUUUUUUAACCUUCAAACAGUUAUUUAAUAGCAGAUGAACUAACUAUAUAAACUUGUUAUUGUUUGAUUAAUCUUCCGAUGUGGGACUGUGUUCUGGAACACAUCAAAAUAAAUGAAACCAAAAAUUAGCUCACGAAUAGAGCACCGAUGUGGGACUGAGGUACUGAAGAGCACCAGCAGUUAGCAUCUCAGCUCGGCCAACAUCACCUAAGAAGAAGCCUCACUCCAGAAUCAACUAUGAUGCACUGUCUGAAUUCCUUGAAGACCCUUUGACUUCAAAUAGUUCAAAGAGUAGGGGUGAGCCAGAUUCAGAGCAGCAUGUGGGAGAAAGUUCAGUUGGAACUCUAAAAGAUAACAACACAGGCGAUGCAACAGAUGUUAACAAGGAUGGAGAAAACGACUGGGAAACUUAUUCCAACUAUUCACAUUAUGACAAUCAAGGAGAAGAGUACAAUUACUACGUGGAUGACGAUGAGUUCUUUUGAGAUGACUUGGUCUUUUUUCGUUGUUUAAAGAAUAGAUAUAUACCGAAACGAUACAGAUAUGCAGCUUACUAUUUGAUAGGAAUACAAAAUGCAACCUUCUGGUAUGUCCAUUCUUUAAACAAGAGCGAGCGCGAUUAGUUUAUAGCAGUAGUUUUGCAUCGCACUCAUUGACGAUGUUUGUUGCCAUUGUACGAUGGUAGUUAUUGACGCUGAGCCUCUAUUGUUUCGAUUCUCAUAAUCGAAACAGAUCUGUAAGAGGGCGUUUUUGCAUUAUACUAAGUUGCCUUCAUCAACCUAACAUGGAUCACAAGAUCAGUAAUGUACACAAUUAGCAAGGGAUAUGAAUAAUUUCAGUACCUCAGUCC